AUGCUUAACCGAGUAUUGCGAUGUCAAGAUCAAACUGAUCUCAAGAAAUAUUGGUUUAACUACUUCGAACUAAUUUGUUCAGCACUUAACAAAUUACCUUCUGUCAAAGGGCAUGUUUUUCAAGGUAUAACUAGCAAAAUUAAAGACAAAUAUCCAAAGAAAAAAAUAAUUACUUGGUGGGGUAUCACAUCAUGUACACAAACGCCAGAUGAUAUCGUUUCUUCGUUGUUGGGUGAAAAGUCGACUUUAUUGAAUAUUAAAAUUCUCAAUGGUAAAGAUAUAUCGGCAUAUUCAUGUAAUAGCAAUGAAACCGAGAUUGUCCUAUUACCGGGUACUCGUUUACGUGUAAAUGAUGUAUCAUAUAAUAAUAAUUUUAAUAUUGACGAGAUUGAUUUGGAAGAAAUAAAUGAUGAAAUACUUCGAUCAGAUAUCCUGCGACUAGAAACAAAACAGCAUUUUACAAAAGAUGAAUCUUUCGACAAAAGUUGGCUAGAAUGUCGAUUCAAAGAUGAAGAAGGUACAACAAUCAUCAAACCCAAUGAAUACGAAGAAUAUCUUAGUGAUCCUAAAGGAAAAAUCGAUGAACACAUUCUGAAUCGUAUUAAGGGCUCAAUGUUUGGUUUAGUUUUGGGAGAUGCUCUUGGUGCUCAUGUCGAAUUCAGACCUCACAGCUAUUUGCAUGCUAAUCCAGUUACUGAUCUAAAAGGGGGCGGGACAUGGGGCCUCGAGAAAGGACAGUUCACAGAUGAUGGAUCCAUGGCUCUUUGCUUAGCUAAUUCAUUAGUGGCUCGUCAUGGUUUCGAACCUUAUGAUCAAUUGGUUCGCUAUAAAUGGUGGUUUAGACAUGGAUAUAUGUCAUCGACAGGAAACUGUUUUGAUAUUGGUGACAGUACUAGGAAAGCACUUUGUGAGUUUGAAAAUCGACAAAAAGUCUUCGCUCAACAGCACCGUAUUCCAUUAGAAGGAAUCGAUUAUCUAUCAGAUAAGCAACUUCUUGCAGAUUUUCCUAUCUAUUGCAGCUCAGAUGGAGCAGCUGGUAAUGGUGUACUUAUGCGUUUGGCACCUGUACCUCUAUUUUUCUACCGAAACCCAGAAGUUGCCGUUGGAUUCUCUGGAAUCAGUGGUCGAAUUACUCACGGAGAUAAGAAAGCCUUUGAUGCAUGUCGUUAUUACGGAGCUCUCAUUGUAGCCAUUAUGAACAAUCUAGAUAUAGAUAAAGAUAAACUUCUCAGUAAAGAAUUUUAUUCAUCCGAAAUGAAGAAAUGGUUGAAGAAUGAUCCUUUAGAUUCGGAAAUUGAAAACAUAGCUAAAGGAUCAUUCAAGAAAGAAAAAGGUUAUGAUGCUGGAAUACGAGGUAAAGGUUACGUUGUCAAUUCUCUUGAAGCUGCAUUAUGGGCUUUUUGGAGUACACGCACGUUUGUGGAAGGUGCUUUAGCAGCUGUAAAUCUUGGUGACGAUACUGAUACAACAGCAGCUAUUUAUGGUCAGUUGGCUGGUGCAUACUAUGGUUUUCGUAAAUUGCCAUCAGAAUGGGUCAAUUGUGUCUACUCCAAGCGCUUCAUUGGUUGCUUGUGCAAAUGGAUUGCAUACGAAGGAAGUUAA